AUGACCACUGAACUGAAUCAUAACCAGCAGUCCGGCAGUGGUUCGGCUUCGGCUUCGGCCUCGACGUCGGAUGGUUCUGCUGGUGUUAAGACGAAUGCCAGUGGUGUCAAUGGCUCGAAUGAUGUCAAUGACGGUGCCAAUGGCGGUGCCAAUGGCAGUGGUGCUUCUGUUGUGUCAGAUCAGGCUACUGCUGGUGUCGUUGAGGUCGAAAGUGGUGUCAAACGGUUGAAUCUGGAUGCUAAUCAUUCAUCUGCUACUUCAGAUGUUACUACUUCAGAUGCUACUACUGGUGCUACUGCUACUUCAGAUGCUACUACUGAUACUUCUGCUGCUAGUGGCCCAACGACUCCUAACUUGGCAAACCAACCUGCCAGCAAGAACUCUUCUCCACAAUCGCUGUCCCCCGAGAACUGCACGCUGUAUGUGCGUGAUUUGGACCCGCUCGUUAGCGAGGCUCAUCUGUUCAAAGUGUUUUCUAUCUACGGCACCAUCAAAUCCAUCCGUGUCAUGAAAGACAACUACACCAAGCGGUCGCUCGGGUAUGCGUUUGUCAAUUAUACCAUGGCCGAGUAUGCUCAAAAUGCCCUUCGCGAUGUCGAUCUCGGCCAUAAAAUUAUUAUUAAAAACAGGGCUUGCAAGGUUCUCCCGUUCCAAAGAGACCCUGCCAAACGGCAUGAAAAUGCUGCCAAGAGUCUGGCGAAUACUCCGUCUAUCCAGGGUGCUUCUUCUGCUACAGCUAGUGGUGCUGCUGGUGCCACUGCUGCUACUGGUACUACUGAUUCUGCUUCUGGUACUGCUGAGACCUCUGGAUCUUCAGGCGAAACUGUUUCACAGUCUGGUAGCACCAGCUCGAAUCCACCAACUCGCCAAGCUUCUUCAACUCCUACCUCGGACAGCAAUAUAUUCAUAAAAAACCUCGACCCUUCAAUCACGUCUGCCGCUCUUUACGAAACGUUUUCUGUGUUUGGCAAGAUUGUGUCGUGCAAAGUAGCCACUGACGAGUAUGGCAUUCCCAAAGGCUUUGCAUAUGUGUCUUUUGAGAGUCGGGAAGCUGCUCAGGAUGCUAUUGAUCGCAUGAAUGGCGUACUCAUGAACGAUCGUGAGGUCUAUGUCGGGUUCCAUGUUCCUAAAUGCGAGCGGUUGAACAGAUUAAACCAGACUUUCACCAACGUGUUUGUUAAAAAUAUCGACUCUCAAGUCACGGAGCCCGAGUUUAGAUCGCUUUUCGCUCAAUAUGGCGAAAUCGACUCCAUCUCACUUCCUUUGAAUAAUGACGGUUCAUGCCGUGGUUUCGGGUUUGUCAAUUUUAAAACUCAUGAUCAAGCUGUCAAAGCUAUGGAAGAGCUUAAUGAUACUUUGUUUCAUAACCGGCUCAUCUAUGUAAAUAGAGCCCAAAAAAAGUAUGAACGUGAAGAAGAACUUCGUCGUGAACAGGCUGCUAAUAUGUUAGCAGCUGCUUCGGCACAAAACGACUUGUUGUCUCCAUCUUCAUCACAAAAACACUAUCAAGGUGUUAACCUCUAUGUCAAGUAUUUGAACAAGUCUCUUGACGAUGAAGGUCUUAAAAAUGCAUUUUCCAAAUUCGGAACCAUCACUUCGGCCAAAAUUAUGACUGAUGAUACUGGCGAAUCUCGAGGCUUUGGCUUUGUAUGCUACUCGAACCCUCAGGAAGCUCAAGAUGCUAUUAAUGCCAUGCACGACCAAAUCUUCCAGGGAAACCGUCUUUAUGUUGCUCUGGCAAUGAGAAAAGAUACUCGUAACAAAAUGAUGUAUCUUCCACCUCUUGGUCCAGGUGGUCCUGGUCAGUUCGGGUACUUACCAGGCCAUUUUGCCGGUCAUCAGUUGCCAGGUCAGCUUCAUCCCAGUCAGAUUCAAACCCAACUGCAUAACCAAAUGGCUGCUGCUGGUCAAUUACCUUUCAUGCCUAUGGCAGCUGCUGUAGCUGCAGCAGCAGCUGCCGCUGCUGCUGGAGGAUCUGGCCCUCAUCCUCAUCAACAGCAUCACCAUCACCAUCACCAACAACAACUGGCUCAUCUCCAGCAGCAACAGCAGGGUCAACCUCCAAAUGUGUCUGCUGGUCUUAACCAACGUCAGUUCAACCCUCUUCCGCCAUUUUACUACCCAUUAGCUGCCGCUGCUGCUGCUGCUGUCAAUGCCAAUGGAGCUGCUUCACCCAUGGGUCUUCCUGCUGGCAUUCCUCCCACCGGCUUACCUGGUUCUGUCUCGCAAUAUGGUUCACUUGGCGGUCCUGCCGGUCCAAAUGCCAACUUUGGCUAUCCUCCUGGAACUCCUCCAUCUGUCAACCGGUCCCGCAGCUCAACUCCUCUCGGAUACAGAUCAAACGGCAGCAAUGGAGCUGGUGGUCCUAGCAUCUCCAACGGCAAUAACCACAACACCACUACCACCAACUCCUCUUCGAACAACACCAGUCGUAACCCAACGGGACUGAAAAUCAAUGGCAAUAACAAGUACCCCAACAGUCAAAACACCUCGCCAGCAUCAUCCACCGCAUCGUCCAAUUCCAGCCACUCGCGUAACAAGUACUCCCGUUCGAACCAACAACGCGAGCUUUACGGGUCCUCGCUGUCAGCAGCCAUUGCCUCUGCUGCUACUCCCGAAGCCGAGAACCAGGUCAUUGGCGAGGCCAUCUACCCCCACGCGCUCAACCACCCCCUGAUCCACGGUGACACCCAGCUCGCCGGCAAAAUCACCGGCAUGCUGCUCGAGCAAGACAAAGCCGAGCUCCUAAAAUGGGUCGACGACCACCCCAUCCUCAACCGCCGCAUCCAACAGGCCUACGAGGCUUACGACGACUUCAUCAAAACCUCGGCCUCCCCUCUCGACUCGUCUGCAUAA